AGUGUGAAUUCGAAAUUCAAGAUGACUGACGGAGACGUCAAAGUAUUUAGGAAGAGAUACUCAGUUACAAAAAAGUUAGGGAAAGGUGCAAGUGGGAAAACCUACUUGGUUGAAGAUUUGCAAGAAUCUCGGGCACAUAAGUAAUUUUAAGUCAAAAACUACCACAUAUAGUCUUAAAAAAGAAAAGUUUUCAAGGCACUCAAAUGUAUAAAACUUGAUGAAAUUCAAUCACUUUCCCAGAAUGACUGCGAGAAAGAAGCCCGAUUAUUGUCGGGCCUCAGACAUCCAUACAUUUUACGUACAUAUGAAAGUUUUGUCGAGAAAAACAAAUUCUGUCUCGUAGCAGAAUAUUGUGAAGUAAGCUGUUUGGUUGCAGUUUUUGACUGAGUCAUUUCGUCUGAAAUUUAUAUUCAUAUGAAUAUAUAUAGUCUUCUGUGAAAAGUUUGGUUUAAAUUUGAUCAUUUGACUAUUCGCAAACUGUUAUAUGUUGUUGAUUAGAAACCGAUGAGUUUCUGUCACACAAUUUAAGGCCAGUUUGAUGUCAUUCAGGAUGUUAUGCAGUUAUUGUAAUUCUGGGAUUCUGUCUAAUUCUGAUUCAGAUUCAGAUCAUAAGGAUAUUAGACUUAUGUUGCCUAUGUAAAUCCUUGCGAUAUAUGCCUCUGCAGAGAUUUGAUUUCUCUUUGGAAGCGUCCACAGAUGGAGCUGUCAUUACUCAAUCAGGUAAAGAGUUCCAAUCGCUGACCGCUCUGUGAGAGAAUCUAAAUUCCACAUGUAUUUUAUUCGUCUUCGGUUUAAACACCUUUUCGUGGUGAUUUCGUGAAUGUAUCCUGGAGGGAGAUAAACGAUUAGAAUUAUGACGCAUUCCCCCAAAAUUUUCCUUGAGUUAUUUUUAUUUAUUUGGGUUCCAUGAAGAAAUAUAAAAUUUAUAAUGAGGCUGUUACUUUAACUUACUCCAAGUACGAAUAAAUCUAUUCUCUUGCAUGAUGGGAUUAGCUUCUGCAUGAAUAACUGGAUGAGGCUUUCCAAAUCUCCCUGAUUUUUUCAGAAAACGUAAACAGCACAAUGAAGGAUAUCCUAUUUGUACAUAUUUCCUAAGUGCUCAGUGCCAGUUUCUUCCAGCCUUCUCCGGCCAGAUGAUUUUGAAACAAAACUUUUUCAUUGGGAUUUGCAUCACAUGCUCAGGAAGUCCUCGCAGUGGACGCAAACACUCAUUACUCGUUCAUACAUAAAUUCAGUUUCCUUUCAAACUAUUUACUCAUGUGACCAAUGUAUGAUGGACUUAAAAAAUGUUUUUUACAGAAGUGUCUCCAACUUUUCUUAUAUUCGCUAGCCCCCUAUCUAUUAAACUUCUGCAAUAAUAGUGAUAGUCAUCAUUAGUGUGCCCAAGGGGGCUACAAUACUCUCACAUAAGAAGCAGAAGGCCAUGCCUUAGACACUAAACAGAAAAAAGUUCUCUCUAUACUCUGUGAGGGUUACUAUUUUUUCUUCUGUACUUCGUUAGGCGUACAGUUCCAUUUUGUGAAACUGAAGCAAAACAUACGAGGGGCUUGUUUUUGGUGGAGAAUACAGUCUGUUUGUUGUGAUAGUGAAUGUCUGAUGACUAUUCUGACUUGCCAGUUCAGUAAUUACUAGGGAUUUUUACGAAAACUUCAAUUGAAGUAAACUAUUAAACACAUUGGAAAUUACUUUUGGACGUGAAAUAGCUAUGAUUUAUCUGAAUCUUCAAAUCAUUUAUUCUUAAAUUUCAUAGUCUAUGGAAACCAGUUUAACAACACUCUAACGGUAAACUUACUUACAUAUUGCUAACAUCUCCCUCGUUGUUUUCCCCAAGCAUGUGUCGUAACAACUUUUUCGUUUCUAUAAUGCAAGUGAGUGCUUAGUACUCUGAACACACCUUAGUCAAUUUUAUCCCCUUUUUUCUCAAACGCGUUAGCUUGUUAUUCCCUUUCGUAUGAAAACGUUGCAAUUCGAAACCAAUCCUUCAUUAUCAGUGAUUUGUAGAUGUGUAAGUGACCUAUGUACAUUAUAUAUAUAUAUUGUACCUUUCUGAAUGCUAGGCUAAUCAGUCAAUUAAAAGUUUCUCAUUAAAACGUAAAACUACAUUUUGUGUUUUACAGCUUUAGUAAAAUACCUAAAGAGAGAUUAAAAAGGAGUUGUAACUCAGAAGCAUGUUUUGCCUACUUUCUUCAAAUCUAAAACUACCACAGGGCGGGGACUUGACGCAUUAUUUAAAAGGAGUGAAGGAAAAUGGGGAGCAUAUUGACGAAAAACUGGUUGGUAAAUGGCUCGUACAAAUUAUACUGGCCACAAGUUUCAUUCACAAAAAUAAAAUUCUUCAUCGUGACUUGAAAUCUAGUAAUAUAUUCCUAAAGAAUGGAAAUAUUAAAAUUGGCGACUUUGGUAUUUCACGUUUAUUGACUACAACUAAUGAACUGGCAACUACUUUCAUUGGAACUCCAUACUAUAUGAGUCCAGAGGUUUUAAAGUAUGAAGGUUACAACAACAAAUCAGAUAUCUGGUCUAUUGGGAUAAUUCUAUACGAAUUGUGCACCCGAAGGAGAGCCUUUACUGGAACGAAUUUAAUGCGCGUUAUGUGGCAAGUGAUAAAUGAUCCAUGUCCUCGACUACCAGAAAUCUACUCCAAAGAGCUCCAAGAAGUUCUACAGCUAAUGUUAAAGAAGGUUCCACAAGAAAGACCAUCCGCCUCUGAACUUCUUAAAUUAAAUAUUAUUACUUCGUAUUUACGUGAAUUGUACAAAGAGAUUGUAUUCCACAUGCAAACGAGUCCUAUCGAUGAAAGUAUAUUAAAGAAGGAUGAGAUACAGAGAUUUAUAUCUUUUGAAGAGUUCAUUAAUUCGCCUGAUUUAAUUUUACAAGAGCAAGAAUUACAAGAAAAUGAUGACAAUCUUUCAAUAAAAAUAGAUUACAAUGAAGAAAACAACACAGAAAAUGUGGAUGACUUUUUAACACCACGUCAGAAGAUCAAACUGGACAGAGCAAGUGAAUCAGAUCAAACUAUUGCUACUUUGAGAGAUUUGGCAGAACAGUUAACACACAGUAGAAAUACUUUGAACUCUACAAGGCGAACUGAUUUGUAUACUUGGCAGAAACGAUAUCCAUCAUCAAAUCGUUUAUGGCCAACAGUUCAAAUGUCUACAGAGAAAAUGUUGAACGAAUUGAAAAAUCUCUACUUAGAGAAAAUGAAUAGUGAUUAUGGCGUAACUGAGAAUAUGGAUGACUUUGAAAAUACAGAAAACUUACUUUGGCCACACAGACCACUUUCAGAAAACAAUGACAGUCUGUUAGGUAAGGGUCCAGGAGCUGAGGAUGAAAGUCUUGGGACUUUCUACCUUACUGAAUCUGGCAAAUACACAAAUAAUAUACAGAAGAAGACGGAAGACUCGCAAAAUCCAGCUAGCGACAGUAAACUGAAAAAUUUCUGUCUUGUACCUGGUUCAACCGGUCCAAUGUAUGAAAAUCGUCGAUAUGAACAAAAGAAACAGGUUGUUAUAACUGAUGACAGUGUUGAUAAUCAUGAUCACAAAGAUGAAGAGAGCAACACUAACCAGUUGAAUCUAUUCAUCCGACGUAGUUUUACAAUUCCAGAAGUUUCAACCAAUAAUUAUGUUCAGUCAGCAAGGCAGCUGAAUACUAUUAAUAGUUGUAAAAUGAAGUGUGAUGACGUUGUUUCUGAUAAUACUCAACUUAUGGAAACAUAUUAUACAAAUUAUGACAAUGACCUAAUAGAAUAUUCAAUAACCUCUGUUCAUGAAGAUUUGUCAACACCAAAUGAAACUGGUAACAUUGCUGAAAAUGAUCUAGAAGAUAUUGAGAAUCAAGAUGAUUGGAAUACAAAUGAAACAUUGGAUGAUGUACUUAGUUGCAUGAAGGCAGCUUUAUGCCAACAGGAAGAUGAUCAAACUUUAGUUACAAAUGACGAAACUAAUUGUAUAUAUGGACUAGAAGCUAAGGCGAAAAAGAUUGAAACUUUAAGAAAUUAUUGCGUUGAAAAACUCGGAAUACAAGAAUUUCACACAGCCUAUGAUUAUCUUUAUCAAAAACGGAUCACAGAGAAUAAUCAGUCUGGCGAGUUAACAAUUCUUGAUGGUUUGAAAAAUUACUGUUCAAACGUGACAACAGGAUUUCUAUUGGACCACUUAAUUUUUCUGGAAAAUGAUACAAAGCAAACGAUUAGUGUUGAGUCACCGAAUUCACUUUACCAAAUUUUAGAAAGUAACUUGCAGUUUUGUAUGUGAUCCAAAAACUGCGACCACUACUACUGCGCAUUGAGUGUGUUGAAGAGUGGUUAGUUAUAACAGAAGAGGUGAAUUGCAGUGGCUAGAUUAUGUCCAAAUGAUUUAAUGGCUGUGAAUUUGAAGACAAUAGUUAAUUCUCUUAAAAAAUCAACUUUUGAAAUGCAUAUCAUCUUAUUUUUUGAAAAUUUUGUACCGUACUCUUUAGAAGGCAUAGUUUGGAGGUUCUUUAUUGUUUUUGUUUUUUUUCCGAUGCUCUUAAUUUCUUCUUUUUCACAUUUUGGCGACAUUUAUUUUGAUUUACUACUGCUGAUCUUUUGUAGCUACGUUAAAAACAGUGAUUUGUAGUGAAUUUCGCUCAUCAAUAAAUACAAGUGUUUUUCAAUUAGAUU